AUGUUCAGUGAGCUCUUACACACAAAAGAGAGACAAAAUGAAACAUACAAGCAGUUGCAUGUUGUUCUGGGCCAAUCAUGUAGUUGUGAGCUUCAGUUAGCUGGCCCGCAGUAUGAUAAUCUUCAAUGUAUCUCUUCUCUUUAUCCAUCUGUUUCUGAGGAAUUAUUUAGGUGUGAACUAUCAGAUAAUGUCUUUCGCACACAAGCUCUUAGCCCAGAUAUGACACAGUUGAAGAAGGCUAGUGUGACAAUAGAUAAUUCCCUGAGCCCAGGGCAUACAUUGGUUCAGAUCUGUUGUGUUGAUCACAAGGGUUUUCUUUAUGACAUUAUGCGCACAUUGAAAGACUGCAAUAUUCAGAUUGCUUAUGGUCGAUUUUCAUCAGUUAAUAAGGGUUUGAGGGAAUUAGACCUUUUUAUUAGGCAGAAGGAUGGGAAAAAGAUUGUGGAUCCAGAUAAACGAGAUGCUCUUUGUUCUCGCUUGAAGGUGGAAAUGCUUCAUCCUCUACGUGUAAUUAUCACAAAUCGUGGGACAGAUACUGAACUUUUGGUUGCUAAUCCUGUGGAGCUAGAUGGAAAGGGUAGACCCCGAGUUUUCUAUGACGUUACUCUGGCAUUGAAGACUCUUGGGAUCUGCAUCUUCUCGGCGGAAAUUGGAAGGCAUUGUACAAGUGAUCGUGAGUGGGAGUUUUACAGAUUCCUUUUAGACGAAGAUUGUAGAUUUGACAUGUCAUCUAUGGUUGGUAGAAAUCAGAUUGUAGACAAAGUCAGAAGAACAUUGAUGGGUUGGUGA